CAAAUGGUUAUGAGCCUUCGAGUUUCUGAACUGCAAGUACUUCUGGGUUACGCGGGGAGGAACAAGCACGGACGAAAACACGAACUUCUCACAAAAGCACUGCAUUUGUUAAAGGCUGGCUGCAGUCCUGCUGUACAAAUGAAAAUCAAAGAACUCUAUAGGCGAAGGUUCCCUCAGAAAAUCAUGACACCUGCAGACUUAUCUAUCCCCAGCGUACACUCGAGCUCCAUGUCAGCAACGUUGUCUCCGUCUACCAUUCCACAGCUCGGUUACGACAGCCACCCUGCCACGUCACCAUUGCUUCCCGUUUCGCUUCUGGGACCUAAACAUGAACUGGAACUCCCCCAUCUUACGUCUGCGCUCCACCCUGUCCAUCCUGACAUAAAACUUCAGAAAUUACCUUUUUAUGACUUGUUGGAUGAGCUGAUAAAACCUACCAGCCUAGCAUCAGAUAAUAGUCAGCGAUUUCGAGAAACCUGCUUUGCAUUUGCACUGACGCCACAACAAGUGCAGCAAAUCAGCAGUUCAAUGGAUAUUUCUGGGACCAAAUGUGACUUCACGGUACAGGUCCAGCUAAGGUUUUGUUUAUCAGAAACCAGUUGUCCACAAGAAGAUCACUUCCCACCCAAUCUGUGUGUGAAAGUAAAUGGGAAACCAUGCAGCCUUCCAGGCUAUCUUCCACCAACCAAAAACGGUGUUGAACCAAAGCGACCUAGCCGACCAAUCAACAUUACCUCACUCGUCAGAUUAUCUACGACGGUACCAAACACAAUUGUUGUUUCAUGGACUGCAGAAAUUGGAAGAAACUAUUCCAUGGCAGUCUAUCUCGUAAAGCAGCUGUCCUCUACGGUGUUACUGCAGAGGUUGCGAGCAAAAGGAAUCCGGAACCCUGAUCAUUCUAGAGCACUAAUUAAAGAGAAACUGACGGCCGAUCCAGACAGUGAAAUAGCAACAACAAGCUUAAGAGUUUCUCUUCUUUGUCCACUUGGUAAAAUGCGGCUAACUAUACCAUGUAGGGCCCUGACUUGUUCGCACCUGCAAUGUUUUGAUGCCACUCUAUAUAUUCAAAUGAAUGAAAAGAAACCCACCUGGGUUUGCCCGGUCUGUGACAAGAAGGCUCCCUAUGAACACCUCAUUAUUGAUGGGUUGUUCAUGGAAAUCCUGAAGUAUUGUACAGAUUGCGAUGAAAUUCAGUUUAAGGAGGACGGAUCAUGGGCUCCUAUGAGAUCGAAGAAGGAAGUGCAGGAAGUCACUGCGUCUUACAACGGAGUCGAUGGAUGCAUAAGCUCUUCCUUGGAACAUCAGGUGUCUUCUCACCAACAGUCAAAUAAAAAUAAGAAAGUAGAAGUGAUUGAUUUAACCAUUGAUAGCUCAUCAGAUGAAGAGGAGGAAGAACCAUCUGCAAAGAGAAGCUGUCCUUCCAUAUCUCCAGCAUCACCGUUAAAUAAUAAGGGCAUUUUAAAUCUACCCCAUCAAGCAUCUCCUGUGUCAAGAACACCAAGCCUUCCUGCUGUUGACACCAGCUACAUCAAUACAUCACUUAUCCAAGACUACAGGCAUCCAUUCCAUAUGACACCUAUGCCUUAUGACUUGCAAGGUUUAGAUUUCUUCCCUUUCCUGUCAGGAGACAAUCAGCAUUACAACACAUCCCUUCUUGCCGCUGCAGCUGCGGCAGUUUCCGCAUCAGAUGAUCAAGAACUCUUACACUCUCGUUUUUUCCCAUACACUUCAUCUCAGAUGUUUCUCGAUCAGCUGAAUGCAGGAGGAAGCAGUUCUCUGCCAGCCACAAAUGGUAGCAAUAGUGGCAGUAACAGCAGUCUUGUUUCCUCCAACAGCCUGCGAGAGAAUCAUGGUCAUCCAGUUGCAAGUAGGAGCAGCACGGACACGGCGUCUAUCUUUGGUAUCAUACCAGACAUUAUUUCAUUGGACUGAUUUUUGAAGUAAAUGAACUCGUCAGAGGAAAUCUUUGUGCUUGGUUUUACUUUAUGUUAGAAACAUAGACAAGUUUUUUUCCUUUUUUAGGGAAAAAAAUUUAUGUGUACAGAGAACAAAAGUAUAUUUUCAGUUUUACUUUUGUAUAUAAACCUAAGAUGGCCUCACUGGUAAAAAUAAGAAGAAAAAAAAAAAACAACCAAAAAAAAACCAUAAAACAAAAAAAAUUAACAAAAACAAGGAGCUUCAGUUCAUUUUUAUGGAUGUUGAAGAUUUUACACCUGUGCAUUUGUCAUGUAAGUUACUUUUCCCCCCCUAGUUUGGACACAGAUGGCAUUAUUUUUUCCACAGUAACACAAACAGGAAAGGAGCUGAACUUUUAAAGUUCAAAGUUGUGAGAAGGUUUUUUCUCCUCUUGGACACAUUUACCUUUGGUGGAAUCUAAUUCCCCUAUCCCAUAUUUAGUGCAGAUUUUAUUAUGCUUAAAGCGGAAUAAACCCUACCCAAACUAUUCCACAGCUUCCCCUCUGUUUGCAGGACGUAGCCUUUCAGGAGUGGGUUUGGUUUGUUGGGAUUUUUUUUGUCAUUUCUGGUUCUAUGUGACCUUCUAUUCAGACGAUUCGAUUUUUUUAUUUUUUUUUUUUUAAUUCCACGCUUUAAUCAAGCAUGUUGCAAGCUCAUUAGUGCACCAAUUAUUCUUGAGGGCCAGACUCCAUAAAACCUCAGGCUGAGGAUUUACUUGGCUGUGCUUAUGUGGGACAAGACAGGGAAUUUUUAUAGAAUUGAGCCCCUAAUAAGAGCAUCGACGCAUUGGGCUGUAGGGGUUUGUUUCGAAGAACUUACUAUGAAAUCCUUUUAAAGUAACGUUAAGAUCCUAAUCAGCAAAAUAUUAAGCAUGUGUCAGUUUUAAAUUUGUGGAACUGCUUGUGCUUUCAAGUUAGCCAUGCGUGUAUAAAUGGCCUAUUGAACUGAGGCCUGUCUUACUCUGUGUGGAGAAACCUACUUUUAGCUGCAGUAGAUCCAAUUUCUGCUUAAAAGUGAACUUGUCAACAAAAGGAAGAAAAUACAAAUACCCACCACACUAUUGCAUGGUUUGUGCAGCUGGUAAUGGUCUUGGUACACUGUCUUCUGAGUUCAUAUUCAUAAAAAUUAAUAUUAAUUGUUGAGUGUGAGUCUCUUAAACCCAAAGCCAACCCGAUAUAAAAGCCCCCACCCUGUAGCCCAUGUACUCAACGUGUUGCUACCUAUUGAAGUCUCUUAGGGUAGUGGGUUUCAAAAUUCAGUUUUCUCUUUUUGGCCUUAUAAUUAUUUUGAUUUCCCCGAUUCUUCCAUACACUUAUGUUGAACGUUGAGCCAUACUUCCUGGUUGCUUUUCUUUCUCUCUCUUUUUCUUUUUUUUUAAAAAAAGUUGUGCAUGGCAUAGGAAAAUCUUUUUUUUUUUUUUUAGAACUGGUGGGUCAUUUGGGCUGAUCCAUUCUUAUUAAAGAGUGAAAUGUGUAAAUAGCUGGAAUGCAGUUUUUCAGGAGAUUCUUUAAAGAAAGAGAAGGGGGAGGGAAGGAGGCGAUUCUCUUGUGUCCCAAAGUCCAUAUCAGAGAGAGUAAAUAUUUCCUCUGAUGUGAAAAAUAUUUUUAUAACUGGUUGAAAGUGCAGGUAACAAGUUUAUCAGGAAGAGAGAGUAAGGAAUACUAAAAUGAGCAGAUUCUUGUCUGAAUUUUUAAUGUCCAAAACUGUUGAUUGCAGCUAGUUGCUUUGAGCAUUGACAAGGGCCACCUUUUGCCUAUGAAGUUGUCUCAAAAAUCUUGCAUUGAUUAAAAAAAAAAAAAAAAAAAAAAAAGGAAAAAAUAAAAAAGGAAAAAAAAGAAAAAAAAAUCUUUAAUCCAAGUAGCAUUAGGUAUUGCUGUAUGAUCAGUCGUAUGGUUAUUUGAAAGGUUCACAUGAUGUGGCAUCAAAAUCGUUUUUAGUGUUUUUACAGCAUCCCUCUGCCACUAAAUAGUUGACUUGAAUUUUGAAAACAAAUGUUUGUGUUUAUAUGUAUAUGUGUGUGUAUAUAUGUAUUUAUAGAUCCGUGUGUGUGAGUUAAAAGUGAGUUAAAUAGUUUUUCCCAUGCAUGUGUAUUUCAUACAUAUCUGGCUGAUAUAUAUAUUUCACCAUACACCAAUUUUAUAAUUUAUUAAAUGUCAGUUAAAAAAUAAAUAAAAGGAUAGAAAAUGGGAAAUACUUAUUUUUUAAACUCAGUCUGAUUUUGAAGUGAUUAAACCUACACUAGGAAUAUAUCUCAUACAUUUUAGUCAUGAAUACUAACCUGGUAACUUCAGAGCAUAUGCUUUGCUAUAAUACCGUUUGUAAAUCUGGAGUGCGACUGCCGGCCGUGUAACUGGGAGCGUGCCCGUCCCCAGCCUCUGAAACACCUAGGAGAAAUUCGGGAGAGCUUCCGGCUGGUUUCCUGACGAUCGUGGCAACGUUUCCAUUGACUGUAUUGUUAAAGAUGGCCUGAAGAGCAACUUUAUGUCACUUUUGACAAUGGUAUUAAAAUCUUGUUAAUUCACAUAUAAAAUUAAACGUGGCGAGUGUGUGGUGACACAGAA